AACACGGCUGCGUAAUCAGUCAGGUCCAGGGGCUGAGACGCACCGAGCCACACAGCGGUUUGCUUGUUGAUAAGACUCCUUGGAAGAAGAGAACCGCAAACUAUCUUCCUGCGACGUUAUUUCUGCCUCUAAGCUGGACUUUUGGGACGCGUUACGGUUAAAGAGGAAAAGACUCUUGACUGUCGGGAAAUGAAAAUUCAAAUGGAUUUGUAAUUUAUUGCUUUUUUAAAAUUUUUUUUUAAAGAAAUUAAUUUGGGACACACUUGGAAUUAUUUUGACUUUGCUUCCUUUCUAAAUCUCUUGGAUUUUUUUUAAAAAAAAAAGUAUUUUUCUAAAGUGUAGACUUUAAUUGCUUGGAAAUUUAUUUUGCUAAAAUGGUCUUAUUCUUUUCAUCUGAGUUUUCAGCCAAAAACGGACACUUCAGCGCAUCAAGGUGAACUUAACUGAGUGAACUAAACCGGACUUUGAAGAGUGAACUAAAAGUAGGAGGCUUACUGUCGCUCUCAAUUUUUUUUUAUAUAUUUCGAGAGGAACUUGGAAAAAAAAGGUUUGGUGCAAGCUGAGCGGAUUGUUCUUCAUCUUUUGGGAACACCUCUGCUGUGGGACCGCGGUGUGGACGGACGCUCGCACGCGCGCGCAGUCUCGCAGGGCGAGCCGCUGUCCCCCCGCGCGCAGUGCUGAGGAGAGAGGCUCUCUCGCGCUUCCAUAAAUGCCCGGUCCGUCGAAGAGGCUCGAGGCUGGGCAGCAAGAUGAGCUCGUGGGUACAGCUGCUGCUCGCGUUACUAGCGGUGUGUCUGCGGUUUGGCGUGGCCGAGGAGGACGCUCUGCCUGCAGCCCUGGUGGAGCUGGUUAGAAACAGCCCCAUCUCCUCAAUAGAGGACCUUCAGAUGCUGCUGUUCUCUGACUCCGUAGAUGAGGAAGACGAGACUUCUGCAGCCAAUGGAGGUCACAGACUACCAAGGAGCCUUGAUGCCCAGCCGGCCCAGCAGGCUCUGUGUAAAGUUCGAACAGAAGUGGUUGAGGUCACAAGGGCAAUGUUGGACCGGAGCAAUGCUAACUUCCUGCUAUGGCCACCCUGUGUUGAGGUGCAGCGCUGCUCUGGCUGCUGCAACACUAAAAGCUUGCAGUGUGUUCCUGUUGUCACACACAAAAGAUACUUGCAGGUUAUGAAGGUCGAGUACAUCAACAAGAAACCCACUUAUGCUAAAGCAGUGGUGUCAGUUGUGGAUCACGUGGAGUGCAGAUGUCAGACUGCUCCUCGUCCUCCACCACACAAGAAGAAAUCCUCUCGCAGGCAGCACGGCUACCUGCAUCGAAACCAGACGCAUAGCCAAGGUCAUGCACACGAACAGGUUAAGGUGCAUUCCAAGGAUGAGCUUCAUCAGUUGGAUGAGCUCAAACAGAACCAGAGGGCCCACCUGGAGGAUCUCCUGAAGCAGCAAUGGAGCCCCAGAGGAGACACCUUCACUCAGCCCGGAGAAGGAUACAGUCUUGCUGGGGAGGGCACUUCUCGUUCUGGAGAAGCCGUUCUCUUUGCUCCACACUGGGCUCAUAACAUCAGCAAGCUUGUUGAGGCUAAAGAAACUGAGAAUGUGGAGAGGAAGGAUGGCGUGGUCUCAGAUGCCAACAAAACUGCCUCCUCAGUGGAUACAGCUGGAACUAAGGUGAAGAACAAGUUGGUAGAAGGUGGGAACGGGUUGCACAUCAAAGUUAACGAGGAGAACAAAGAGACACAAACACACAGCCCAUUGUGGCAAGAAGACAAAGGCAAAUACCCAAAGAUUCACACAAGUGGAUUCUCUCAGCAUGUUACUCCUGAAACAAAUUUCAGCCCUACCGAGGAAACCGUCACUGACACAGUUAGGGGCAGGUUCCGACCUACCAAAGAACCGAACCCAGAACCCCGUGAGCUGGCGCGACAAAGAGAAAACGAGACUCCAGAGGAGGAGAGGAUAUUACAGAUUGCGGAAGCCAAACUGGAGGAGGAGAGAAAAGAGCUUCUGCUUCUCCAUAAAAAAUUGGAUGAAGAAAAGGAAAUACUGAGACAGCAGCAGAUGAAGCGAGGAGAGGAAGAAAGGCAGAAAGAAAAGGAGACAGUCAGUCGGCACCUACAUGGUAAACAUCAUCCCAGUCACCAAACAACUCAGAAACCAGAGACAACAACAUCGACAACUACCACAAAAAAGCCAUUGGCUCCUACGGCCCCCAGACUCCCAACUCGACCACAAAAAACAAAAAGGAUGAGGAAGAAUCGCAGACGGAUUAGUAAAGCAGCCAUGAGAGCAAUGCUGAUGUAGAACUAAAAGAAACCCAGGGACACAAAGAGAACAUGGUGCAUUUUGUGGAUAACCCAGAGAAGACCCAAAUGGACUCCCUUUGUACAAGUAUUUAUUCAUUUGUCAGUAACCUGCUCGUCCUGUGAGAUCUCAGUAACACUACUAAUGACUGUCUGGUGAACCUCUACCUAUACUGGAAGUAACAGAGGAGGGGGAAACAAGAAAAUGGAGUGUAAAGAAAAGGUGGACCUUCUCCAGAGAAUGCUUGCUUCUUUGACAGUUGAUGGUAUGAAGCAACAAGUGGCACCCAAAGACUGAUGAACUGUGUGCAAGCACUGUGCCUGUGGGGAUAUGAAACUGCAUUGCUGUAGAACUGUAUAAAAUAGUGCAAUUUCAAAAGUUUCCUUGGAACCUUGUCUUGAUAUCAGCAGACAGAAACUGCACUUAAAUGUUGACAGAACCAAGUGUAUAAGGAGUUUGUUGCUGAAAGCCUGGAUUGUUUGAUAAUCACAGUCAGAUUAGAAUAAGGAGUAUAUCUGGUGUAAAAAUUAACCAAAAAAAGCCUAACUUAGCUGUUUUUCUAAUUGGAUAAUAUAAUAACAGAGAUUAUUAUAUCGUCAACACACUGCAGGAGCAGAAGAAUUUCCAUGUGUGAUAUCAAUUAUUAGCUCAUUAAAAAUGAUGGUCUCUCUCAAACCGUAUUUAAUUUUAUGUAACUCAUUGCAAACACUGGAAUUACACUUAUAUGGGUAUAGAAAAAAUAUAGUUUUGCAUUAAUGAGGUUUCCUUGUCUCAAAGUAUUGUCACGGGUGAAACAAGAAUUGGCUUGUGACCUGACUGUGUGCUGUGUUUCUUAUUUAUUUGUUGCUACUGUUACUACUCUCUAUAAAAAAUACUGCAAACAACAUGUGGCUGAGAUAGAGUCUGAAAAAAAAGAUUCAUUGUGUCAUAAUAACUGUGAGGUUUAAACAAAGGGACAGAACAUAAAAAAACUAAUCCUGUCAGUUUACCCCAGUAUCCUGUUCAGCUUCAGUGUCAAAUAGUGCGUGCAUGUUUGUUUUGUAUGCAUGUGUGGUUCAGUAUGUGUUUCUGCUCACAUCUAUAUUCUUUAUUUGAGUUUUUUUUCCUUUCAUACAGAAAUGUCUCUCCCCCACCAGAUAUGUUUUGGUGCAAGCAGUCACAUUCAUUUUAAAGUCCUAACCCCAGAGUGUAUUUCUGUAGGGAGCCUACAACACAUUAUAUUUGAUUUCAUUUACAGGCAACUAAAAGAGUGAAAACCAGUAACUCAAGGGUUAGCUAUUAAAACAAGAAAACUAAGAUAAACUUUACAAAUGUUGUUGUUUUUAUGACCUUUCUGUUUCCCUUAAUAACAGCAUGUAGAAACACACUGAUGCUAUUUUGUGUCUGAUAAUUUAGUCAGAACAUUUUAAGUUAUUGAAAAAAGGCUUGUAUGUAUGUUCCUUAUACCAUCUGACAACUGUUACUUUUUAAAAAAAAAUGUGUUUUCUUACCUGAUCUGGUGAAAAAAAGAGAAUGUUUGUGAUAACUUUGCCACAUAAUGCUAUUUUCAUAUGGGUAUAAGAAGCUAAUGUGCUUGAAACUUCUUUGUAUGUGUUUUUAUUCCCUUUCAUUAAUUCAAGGCAGUUAAGCCCAGUGCUACAUGCUUAAAUGAUCGUGUUUCCUCCAAAUACUAAGCGGGUACCAUUUCUUUUCAUCAUGUUUAGCAUCUUAAUUUAGCAUAUCAGCACAUGAAAUUACUAAAAAUUACUAAACCAUAGACUACUUGCUAUAAUGUCACUUUGACCUUUCAUUUUAUGGCCAUCACCAUUUUGGCCCUUUGGAGCCUGGAGACUGGUCAGACAGUUGGCUGGUUAUCAGUUAGCAAUAGCUUGGUUAGCAAUAUGCAUAGCCUGAAUGUUUUUGGCACAGGUUCCUGAUAAUAAGCAGUAAGUAACAUACAAGUAAAUGCAAAAAAGCAUUUAAAAAUUGCAUUAUAAAGGACAAAAAGACAACUCAAACAGCAGCUACAGUUAGCUGAAGUGAAGCCUCGCAGACGGCUAGCAACAUAGUUAGCUCUCACCUCAGUAUUUAAUAAGCUAUAACUUUGAGGCCCAAUGAGUCAGUUAUGAAGAAAGAAAAUGCAGACCAAAACCUUUUAUCUAAAUUGAGCUAUAAACUUGUUUUGUACAUGUUUGCGCUCAUCUUUCAGUUCAACAAACUGCAGUUUUAGUCAUUUUAUGCUAGCUUCAUUUUGUUGUCAACAAAAUGACAUAACAUUAAUCAGGAGUAUCAUCAGUUUAGCCACCCAGUAAAGCAUGGGUAGUUUAAAUAUUGACUGGAUGAUGGUGAUAGAUGAAAAGAAAAUAGAUCAUAUUAUUUGGUUUGGACCUGAGUGCUGAGACUGUGAGACUAUCCUCAUUCAUGUGGGAUUUUAAGGCUGGAUACAGAAAUGUUCAUAAACUUAUCACUUUAGUUUAUUUUUUAUAUAUGUAGCUGAGCUGUUUAACCUAAAACACCCCCAACUCUUCAGAGGCAUCAUUUACACCUUACAUUGUAUAUUUAGAAAUGUACAGUGGGGUUUGUAAAGUGUGAGAGGAAGAAAGGGGAAAAAAAAGCAAGAGAAGAAAAUGUGGGGGUUAAUGUACUGUAGGUGAACUCUGGCACACACUCUCUCUGUAGUUUGUUUUUCACAAUAACCCACUUGACUCUUGGCUGCAAAAACUCCCCAACUCAGCAGCCAGCUGCACUGGUAUGUUUGUGAAUUAUCGAGCCAAUAAGUCAUCACGGCUCCUGUCAUCAUAUCAGUCAUACAAGGAAUUACUUGACAUAAUAAAUACUAAUGUCCUGAAUAGUAUAGGGUUAAAGGGAUUAUUUGAAUGUGGCUGCGAGUGCAUAUAAAUAAGACCUUGUCGUUUUGCCUUAAACUGCAUAAAUCACUAUGCUGGAUCUCAUAUUAUUGCGCCUGUAAAAAAUGACAGUUAUGUAAGGGUUUGCUCUGUAUCUCCAUAUGUGAUUCAGUGAUUCGUGCAUUACUUCCAGCCCCCCUCUCUAACACCGUCAAUCUUGCACAGACAUACUAUUCCUAAACAGCAGGCCAUCUCCAAAUUCAGCAUUGAGGUGGGAUGCCUGUUUUUCCAUGGGUGUCCACCCAGCUCCCCAACCCCCCGCAGCCUUCAAACAAAAACAGGCGAGAGUCGUGCACUGAGGCUUGUUGACUGCGACAAACACACACACAGGCAGUGCUCAUGCUCAUUCACAUACAUAGAGGGGUCAGCCACCGUAGCAGAGUGGGAGUGUCUCUGAGGGACAGGGACUAAAGGCACGGGACUGCUCAUAGCUGACUGACUGACCUUAAAGGACAUUAUGGCUUGUUAGGUCUCAACAACACAAUUACCUAACUAGCACACAGCCACUGGAACUAAUAAAUGAACAAUCAUGACCCAAAACCUGACAAAUGCUUCAAUGCAAAUUAAACACAUCAUGACCCAAAUGUUGACCAUCCUGUUUCAUAAUGCUAGUUAUGUCAGGAUUCAGAGCUGCUUUGGCUGUAAGUUAGCGCUCUGAUAGACUUGGGAGAUUGACAGAAAAACACAUGCUGAAACUAUAGUGGUUCAGUAGGGUUAUAGCUCACAAAGUCUGGGUAAAUUUAGUGAAUUUGUGACCCUCAUAAGGUUAGUGCAUGUGGAAUCAGGCACUCAAACAUGUGGGGACCUUUGGGAGAGUGCAACCAUGCAGAACUAGCUGCAGCUCUAAUCUUAUUUACAUCCACCUGGCCAACUAGGGCUAGGAUUAUGAUUGAAUUUGUUUUAGCCACAUGCUAAAUACAUAUAUUUACAGAAACUAGGCGAUAUUAAGUUUUCAAUAAAGUCUUCAUUUUUUCCUUUAAAAGCUUUAAAAGUUCCAUUUGGUUGCUCCAAACAAGGGAAAAUUGUGUAAAAAGUUAAAAUCCUUCUGAGAUAUUCUUUUACUCGCACUCAUUCAUCAUCUAGAUUGCAAAUAUGGAGACUUAAGUAAGACUGACAAAACCUAUCUUAAUGUCCAGGCUGCUUUGAAAGACAUGUCAUAAGUAUGUGUGCUCCGGUAUGGCUCAGAUUCCCCAAUGCACAGUAGUAAGGAAACAGGAGGCCUUUGAACAGGAGGUUACACAAGCAUCCGUGUGGCGCCACGCACCCCCUACACCUUCCAGCACUUUUAUUUUCCUGUUUUUAUGUACGACAAAGGACAGGGACAUGCCGUACACAGAUGACCACACAAAUACCCCCGUCAUUAAGCAGUCUGGUCUUUCCAUCAAAACAUACCUUGGUGCUUUAUCUCGACCACUUUCCAUUUCUCCUUAAUAUGAAUGUGUCCGUCACUCACUCCCUGGCCUCAGAACAAUAGGCCCGUGACGACGACCGUGAGACCAAGGAAUGUGUCUGCUUUUUGGGGCAUAGUAUUUGGAAAAGCCUGGAAUGUUGGGAAAACACAUCAAACACCUUCCCCUCACCUUCCACGGACACAUUGCAGGUCAAAUAAAUGAGUGUGUAAGCAUAACAUAAGCAUCAUUUCUCAGUUAGCGAAUGUCAAACUGAUCCUCGAUCUCAUCAGGCAGGAAGUUGUACCUAACGAUGGGUUGAAAACACAGGAAGUUGAUAUCAGCAUGCCUGGAAUUCCACCAUUGUGUUUUUUCUGCAUAGAGAACAGAGUGACAAUCUUAUAGUUCACUAACACUGAGACAAAUCACUGAUCACCGAAGCACAAUAUCUUCACGAGGUGACUCUGAUACAGUUAUGUUGCAUAGCGACCUAAAACAUGCAUGCAUACCACAGACUCUGUGUAUUACUCACACACACACACACACACACUCACACCUGCUUUCAGAAACUAGCAGCCCCUGAAAACUCUCUGCAGUCCUGUCAGGCCAAACAGAUGGGAAGAUAAACAGAGCAAUAAAUUAGAUAACGCUGUGAAACUGUGUGUGAUGCUCCCAACACCGGUGUGUGAGGUUAAGAAAUACAGUCACCACGCAGACACGCACAUACACACAAACACAAUCUGUUCCAAUUUACAAAACCAUUUUCAGCAAAACACAAUAAAUACAAACGAAUUAUCUUUGUCUCUGUGUACGUGGAUGCUUCU